UUCGCGUCAAGGGUGUGUGUAAGUGACUGCACUGUCUUCACUGCAAAUGCAUCACUCACGGACAGUCGCGCACCAUUAAAUCAACUACGUUGACCACCACCAUCACAACUACCUUAACUACCACUAUCACAACUGCCUCGACCCUCUGUCUCCAACCUAACGUCGCAAGACAUCUACCCACAGAACCCUGACUACAACUCUUCCACUUGGAGUUCCCUCUAUCGACCCCGUAUCUCAUGCCACAACAUCUUCGCCUCCCUUGUACAAACCCCCUUCUGCUCAACUCCUGUUCAUCGGUGCUAGAUGGAUGAAGCAAAGCAACCCGCGGCCAUGGACCCCCAGCCAGCUGAGUCCCAGACUCACCGUCCCAAGCGACUCACGGAUCUGCCAAAUGAAAUCCCGAGCCGCGUCUGCGGCUAUCUCGUUCCCGAUCACUCCGACUCCACGCCCUUUGGAGCCGAUGAGAUCCACGCAACAAUGAUUCCCGCGAGACAGGGAGUUGUAGCGGAUAUCCUGGAUCUUAUAGGAAACGAGACACAUACGCCGAGGUACACACCGGGAGACUGGACGGGCGGAGGCGACAGGUUAGACUUUCAACCGUUGAAAGCGCCGUCGACUGUUACCAAGGAGCGAGCAAGCAAUGGCCUUGCCAGUUUUGUAGCCACGUGCAGACACUUCAACGUUCAUGUCCGAAAACUGUGCGCCGCGCGUGUCUUCACCCUGACAGUAAGCGACUACGGCAUCACCUUUGAGAGUCUACGAGACCCAUCGCCUAUGCAGACACUCUUAGUCUACGAGAAGGGUCAUUACACGGACGUCAUGGUCGUGCCGGAAGGGCCCAAACUUGUCAAAAUCCCAGAAAUGCAGGUGCCGAGAAAUAUUGCAUUUAGAGCGUUCACGGGAGCCUUUAAGGGGUUGAGGAAUCUCCCGUCUACAUGCGGCAGCGGACAUGGCGGGCGAUGCAAACUGGAAGACGAGAUUAUUCCUCCAACGAAUCGGCCGAUACUACGUCUUUCACGCCAGGUCCCAGCUCUGCUUGUCGAGGCUUGACAUUGAUGUGAACGUCGGGUUCCACAGCUUCGCUGCUGUGAACGGUG